CAUUGAUAGAUGAUAUCAGCGAACAGCGCCUUCCAUACAAUUCUGCCUCGGCCAUUGGCUCUGCUGAUUCUUCGUCCUCGGCGCGCCCUAUGAGAUCUAACUUGAACGUGCGACCCUUGACCUAAAUGUUGCGGAUACGGCACGGCUCCUGAAUAGAUCUUUUGGCAAUAGCUCAAAGCACAAGUCUAGAGUGCUACACCGACACAGUCAUCACAGCUCUUUUUUAUUUCUUUCGGUGCUCUCAGACGAAUCUUCUAAUAUCUCACCAUUUCCCAUACUGCUCUGAGCCCAUCUCCGGCUGAGCGACCCCCUGUGCGAGUGUGUAGAUCCUUUUGCAUGGUGGCAAGCCUGAUUUCCGCGCGAUGAGCCAACUCUACAGAACCCUCACCGGUCAAUCGCAGACUUCGCAUCACUCUGAUCGAUCGACACAAGCACACUCGACCCUGACGAGGACAACAACCACAGAUCCCCUGGCAGGCACGUUAAACCAUCUCACCCCGGUCCAAGAAGGCAAACUCGACGAGUUCAAGAGACAACUACAAAAAGGAGGAUGGUGGUCGCCCGAUGGAGUCAAUGGCAAACCCACUCACGAUGAUGCCACACUGCUUCGAUACCUGAGGGCCCGCAAGUUCGACAUCAACGGCGCAAUCGGACAGUUUACAGACACAGAGAAGUGGCUCAAGACCGAACGCGUCGACGAGCUGUAUAAUCACUUCGAUGUUGAGACGUACGAAAGAGCGCGAUUAAUGUACCCCCAAUGGACUGGUCACCGAGACAAGCGAGGCAUCCCCAUCUACGUGUACCACAUCAAAGGACUCGACAGCAAGAACGUGUCGAAAUACCAGAAAGAGUCGCAAGCAUAUAAAGACAGUCUCCCCUACCACAAGACCCUCCCAACGCCGGCAAAAUUACUCCCUCUUUUCGCAUUAUACCAGAAUCUCCUCAACUUUGUCUUGCCGCUGGUUUCUACCCUCGAACGCCCGAACCCUGAAGUGCCCGUAACGAACUCGACAAACAUUGUCGAUAUCUCUGGCGUUGGAUUGACCCAGUUUUGGAAUCUCAAGGGACAUAUGCAAGAUGCCAGUGUCCUGGCCACGGCGCAUUACCCAGAAACCUUGGACAGGAUAUUUAUAAUUGGCUCCCCAUCCUUCUUCCCUACGGUAUGGGGCUGGAUCAAGCGGUGGUUCGAUCCGGUUACAGUCUCGAAAAUCUUCAUCCUCAGCAAACAUGAGGUGAAACCUACACUGUCGAAAUACAUGGAGACGAGAGAUUUCCCGAAACGAUACGGCGGCGACCUCGAUUGGGAAUGGGGCGAUCUUCCACAUCUCGACGACGAAACACGGGCCGCCGUCGAAAAGGACGGAAAUAAAGGCUGGGUUCGCGGUCCGUGCCAAUGGCUCGACGGGAAGAGAUUGGUUGUUGGUUCAGAGAAGGGUAAAUUAAGGACUUCAGACGAGGAGAUCGAGAAGAGGAGGCCUAUCGUUUAUGCUGCUGAUUAUACCCAUCUCCCCGUCCACCCAGGCAAAGGACUGUCUGAUGUCUCGGCCCAUAUUGGCAAAACUGGUGCUAAUGGCACGGCGGAGGCGCAUCACGAUGCCGAAGAAGCUGCCGCCACCGCGGGUGGUGGAGCGACGGCGGCAACGUUGAUAGAGAGCAGGACGAACGAGGAACAACCCUCGGCACCCGCCACGGCAGCAGCUCCCACGCCUGCUGCUCAGGCCGUAUCGGAAGAGCCCUCGAGGAUUUCGUCGCCACAUCCCCAUCCUCCCGCGCAGCCUCAACCGGGCCCAAUACCCGCACACGCCGUGGCCAUGACGCAAGCGGUCGUCGAGAAAAUGCAAGGCGAGUCGGUCUCGGUCAUCCCAGCAACAGCAAACGGACACGCCAAUGGAACCGGGCUGGGAGGACAUCCGGAAGUCGUGGUAGCCAGCGAUCCGUCGAAAGGUCUGGCGAUUGAGGCGGAGAAAUUGGCCCUCACCGACAUCGAUGGUGGGGAUGAAAAGGAAAAGGAAAGGGGACUGGAACGACCACCUAUGGAGAGGUUUGUCACCGCGGCCGAGGUGUAGUGAUCGUGGGCUUUUUUUUGAUGUUGUCCGUCCAAAGAAGUACACCACCCACGGACGGACUUUGGUUACUGUUGCACGGCUCAUGCGAAACAUUGGCAUUUGCGAGGAUUAAAUGCGAGGAUGUACGUCUACUUGUUUACUGUGGAUCCGUGGAGCGGCCACGCUCUAUUGGAGACUCGAGGUCUGGCAACUGGAUCGUGAAGUGCGUUAGAAGAGCAUAGCAUGAUUAUGGUAAGGAUUAGGUACGCUGCACUGAGAUUAUCAGACAGCUUUGGAUGAAAGUGCUGGCUCGAAUUCUGCUCAUGGCGAGGUGUUUCAAUGUUUUGUACAGACGAAUGGAAACCAUUGGAAUCUCAAAGGUUGGUUGGAUGGACUUUUGUACUUUUGUGUGCUUGCAUGUGGCUAUAUCUCGUACAGUACUGCUGCUGGCAAGGCUAGGUUUAUCAUUCCAUCAUCCCAG